AAUGAAUGAGCAUAAAGAAGUCAUUAGGAAAUAAAUUGGAGAUUAUUGUUUUAAUAUGAAUGAUAUUAUUGGAGAAGGCUAUUCAUCCAAAGUCUAUAAGGGAAUUCACAUGGUUACUCAUUAAGUUGUUGCAAUAAAAGUCAUUUCUUUAGAAAAUUACAAUUCACCAAUAUAGAAAUCUCUUCUUUAAAAUGAAAUCAAAAUUCUGUUGUAAAUUGAUAAUCCCAAUCUGCUGAGAGUAUACGAAAUUAGUAGAAGUGCCAAUAACACCUAUAUUGUGAGUGAAUAUUGUGAAGGUGGUAAUUUGGAAGAUUUACUGAAAUAAGAACCAAUGAAUAUAAAUAAGGCUAUUGAUAUACUAAUAUAAAUUUGUAAAGGCCUUUCAGACUUACAUAAAAAAAGUAUAAUAAAUAAACUUAUAUAAAAAUAGAUAUCAUACACAGAGACAUUAAACCAGCAAAUGUAUUAAUCUAAGAUGGCAUUUUUAAACUUGUUGAUUUUGGUUUUGCUCUUAUUGAAAAUUAAUAUGAUAGUAUAAUUAAACGAUAUAAUGUUGGAACUCCUAUGUAUAUGGCACCUGAAAUUUAAUUGUUCAAUUAAUAUUCAGAAAAAAGUGACGUAUGGGCUUUAGGAAUAAUGUUAUAUGAGAUGUUAUAUCAGACAGCUCCAAAAUUAAAAUUGAAAGAGAAAACACUUUUGUAAGAGAUCUAAGAAAAAUGUUAAACAGUAGAUAUAAAAUAUUAAAAUUUAAUAAUUAGACUAUUUGAAGGCAUGUUAUAAUUGGAACCUGAAGAUAGAUUAACAAUUUAAUAGAUUCUCUCAAUAAUAUAAGAGAAUUAAUCAUCUGCUUAUAAAAUUGGUUCACAAUUAAUUAAACUAUCACAAAAAUCAAUAUCUACAUAAAUUAAUUCUCCUCUUUAAUUUAAAGGUGCAAAAACUCCUAAUGAAAUUAGGAAAAAAUAUGUUGAACAACUAUUAUCUCAUAAUAAGCCUUAAUCUUUUGAUGAAUAAAAAUUUGGCAAUUUUGUUAAAGUAAAAACUUAAAAGCAAGAAUAAGAAGUUGAAAUCACUUAAUUUACAUUGGAAGAUGAGUAUCAAGGUAAAAAUAUUCAAACUAAGUUGAAUCAACCUGCCUUUAGAAAUUACCAUAAGAAGAGCGACUCAGACAUCAAUAUCGAAUUGAUUGGUUAAAUUAGUACUGAUUGUUCAAUUCAGAAAUCUCCAAAAUAAUAAUUUAUCUCAUAAUAAGUUAAUGAUGAUAUUGAUUUACCAGUAAUAUUGAAGCCUACAUAUAAAUUUUGUGAAUUUGUUGAAUAGAUGAUAUAGAAUUUUAAUUAUUAAGAUAAUGAUCUUAUGUUGAAAUUUCAAUUUCUUUUAAGAAAAUUAUUAGCAAUAAAAGCCAAAGUAUUUUAUACAUUUGCACCUAUUAAAAUAAAAUCAUCUUUAGAUUGUUGGAUAAAUCAACUUUAAGAAUAUUAUUAGAAGAUCCAAUAUCAAAUCAAUUUAAAUUUAGAUAAAACUUUUUAAAUAUUUUUUAAUCCUAAUCUAGAUGAUUAAGGAAAGCUUUUGACUAUGUACAUAAUAAGUUUAGCCAAUUAAAUGAAUAAAUAAACUAAUGAAAUGAAAAUAAUAAUUGAAAUUUUGGAAGAAAAUUUGUAACAUUAAAAUGAUCCAUUUUUAUUUGCAAGAAAAUGGAUGUUUCAGAAAUCAUGA